AAAGCAUUCACAAGCCGACAUCAAAGGGAUCCCACCGUUUACACAUUACACAACUUUACCAUCUGUGUUAUAUUUUGUCCUCAUAUUCUCUCCCACACCACACACACUCACACUCACACUCUCUGUCACACACACCCACCAUUCUCCACUCUCUCCUCUCUGCAUCUCAAGUCACCAUUUCCCUCACAUGGCUGCUCUACCUCUUGCACUUCUUCUUCUAGCUUUCGCUGGCACUUCAAGUGCGAAUUGGUGCGUUUGCAAGGACGGAAGCGACGCCGUUCUGCAGAAGACGUUGGACUACGCUUGUGGAGCCGGGGCCGACUGUAACCCUCUCCACCUAAACGGGCCUUGCUUCCAGCCCAACACCGUCAGGGCCCACUGCAACUACGCCGUCAAUAGUUACUUCCAGAAGAAGGGUCAGGCCCAAGGCUCCUGCGACUUCGCGGGAACAGCCACUGUUACUGCAUCUGACCCCAGCUCUAGCGGUUGCGCCUACCCUUCUAGCGUCAGCGCUGCAGGCACUAGUACAACUCCUGUGACUACCACACCAACCGUGGGCACCACUCCUACUACUGGAACUCCAUCAACAAGCACCGGCACCGGCACCGGCACCGGCACCGGCACCAGUACCGGUACCACCACCGGCACCACCACCGGCACUGGUACUACUCCAUACAGCACAACACCUGGAGUAUUAGGAGGGAUUGGCAGUGGCAUGGGACCUUCAGGAUCUGGCAUGAAUGAUGAAAGUCAUGGUGGCCUUAGACUUGUACACGGUAGUUUCAUCUCAAUAACCAUCUUCUCUGCUUUCAUCAUGCUCUGCUGGGGUUGAGAACAAAAGUACUAUGCCCUAUGUCACUGUAUCAAUGUGAAUGUUAUUUUCUAGGUGUUGAACUUGGGACCUUAGUUUUUUGGUUCUUAUAAUAUUUUUCUCUCCACCUUCCACUAGCUAUUGGCUUUUUGAUUAAUUAAUUGAAUUUGGUAACAAUUUGGCUC